UCCUGGAAAUUGCACCACCACUUUUGAGGACUUUACCCUCACAAAACCAGCUUUAUUUCAUAGUGAUUGUGAAAUCACUUGCCUGGGAGCUGACUAUUUAAACCGAAGCCACCUUGGUAUUAUAUCAGUCAGCCCCAAGUGGCCGUCAGCAGCAGAGUGUUUAGCUAAACUGUAAUGUCAGUUGAGCAGUCUUCAAAUUCAUCAACAACUGAUCAAAAUCUUCUUGAUCCAAAAGGGGGUGUGGCAACUAUUGAGACUGAAAAGCAAGUGUGUAAAUUCUACAGUGCUGGUAAAUUCUGUAAGUUUGGCAGAAGGUGUCGAAACUUGCAUCAGAGACCAGAGAAGAAAGUGGAAACAGUAGAAAUUACCUCAGAAUCGACGCCUGUCAAAAUCAACGAUGGAACAGUAAAAACUCCUAACGACACCCCAUCCUUGCCUUUGGAAACUCUUGAUGAUAAUUCAAGUCAAGAGUCCACCAAGACUGCACAAGUGAAGUUGAAGGUUUGCCAGUAUUUUUCAAACUACGGUAGAUGUCGCUAUGGAAGAGGUUGUCGUUAUGAGCAUUCAAGGCCAGGAGGAGAAAGACGUGGUCAUAAUCCAGGCAAUAGCAGGCCAAGAUAUGGAAGAAAAGAUGGAAAUCAGGUGAGACGGGAUUCCAAUCAUCAUGAUGAUUUUGAGACAGAAGACAUCAUAAUCCAGGGAUCUGCAAGAUCUGAGUCCUCUCAAGACUAUGUGGACAACUUUGCUGGGUUGGAUGUGAAAGAUGGUAGGGCCAGACCACGGAGACCGGUCUGUCGAUACUUCAGAAAUGGCCACUGCGUUGCCGGAAUACGAUGUCGGUUUCUUCAUCCGAGGACUGACAAUCUUGAGGAUGAUGUCCCACCUCAGCCGCAACCUGGGAUGAUUGAUCUACCUCCAAAAAAUGAACGAAGGAGACCACCUGCCCCCAGGCCUCCUGUUCAACCAGUUGUGCCGGUGUCUGAGUAUGUUCUGGAGGAAAUUGAUGAUGAGAAAUCGGAGCAGCUGAGGGAUACUGAAAUUAGUCAGCUUAAGAAGAGAAUUCCUGCAGACAGACUCAAAGAACUUGAUGAGAGCGAAUUCAAGAUUGUCUUCCAUCCAACGGAUCCUGAUUGGCCCUAUGAUGUGAAGUCAUUGCAGUUUAUGGUCUACUUCCCAAUAGCAUAUCCAACUGCUCCAAUGCAAGUAAUGACCCCAAAGGAACAAGAGAUGCCAGCCACAGUCCUGAGUUACAUUGAGUAUUCUAUGACAGAAUGGGUCGAAAAGCGGUUUAAAGAGAAAGAGGAGGGUGGAAAAGUUGAGCUGGUUUUUCGUCCAUUCUUACGCUGGCUGGAUAAGACACUAGAAAAGCUUUUUACAGAAGGCCUUAAGCAGUUGAAGAAAGAAAUAGUAGCCCAGGGAUCCGGCAUUGAGUGUGUCCCCUAUUGGAAACUACGGGUCACCAAGAAAGCCUGGAAGUUUGAGCCAGAAACAUCUUCAAAAACCAGUAGCGAUGAUGCAUCGGAGACUGAGAGUGACUCGGAGGAAUCGGAUACAGAGUCUGAUGAAGACGAGGGAGAGGGGAAGAGACAAGGAGGUGUCUUAGAUCCAGUCCAGAAGGGGACGCAGAUCAAGAUGCGUUGUCUUCAACUUCUUGAGGGGAUCGGAACCCUUACAUGUAUGAAGGUCAAAGUCGUUGUUCAUUGCGCAAGAUGUAAACAGAGUUGUGAUUUAAAGUUGUCUGCUAAUCGUGCUAUCGGGACCACCUGUACGAAAUGCAACCAUCAGAUGUUGGUGAAUUUCCGUCCAGCUAUGAUGCAUCAGAUGUCACAUAACCUUGGCUACUUGGAUGUUGAUGGCUGUAAGGCGUCGGAUAUCGUCCUGAUGGAUGGAAUCUUUGAUUUGAGUUGUAUCUCUUGCUCAAAGGUCACUGUCCUGAAGGGUUUACAACCGGGUGCAGUGAAAAACCUGUGGUGUCAUUCCUGCCAUCAGAAAAUAUCACUGGCUGUGGAGUCUACCUACUUUCAAGAGUUACAAGCUGGAAGUGUUGAUACAAGCAACAUGCAGGUCAUCCGAAAAAAAAAGAAAUCCACGAAAGAUCCAACCAUUCAGGAAGGGAUGCCGCUACCAAACUUUGGCACAUGUAAACACUACAAGAAGAGUUUCCGUUGGCUACGGUUUCCGUGUUGUGGAAUGACAUAUCCAUGUGACGUAUGUCAUGACGAUAAGGAAGACCAUGAAAUGCAGUAUGCAAAUCGUAUGAUUUGUGGAUUCUGCUCCAAGGAACAGGGUUAUGCUGGUGAACGGCCAUGCAUAAGCUGCGGGACAACAAUGACCAAAGGAACGAAAACCAGCCAUUGGGAAGGUGGCCAAGGAUGCAGGGACAAAAUCAAGAUGAGUAGGAGCGAUCAGCAAAAGUACGCAAAUACGAAUAAGACCAUCUCCAGGAAAUCACAACAAAAGGGAAAGCAACGCCCAAAGACAACAAAGCUACGUCAUGUUUAGAUUUCUUGUGGAGGAAGUUAGAACUGAUGUUAAGAUUUGUGCCCAAAUUGUGAAAAUAAGGACUUGAUGCGAGAUACUGACAUUGGUUCAAUAAAGACUAGUGAAUGUGUUAAUGUCAGUUUUGUAUGGAGUUGCCUAGAGUAAAGUCAUUUUGUGCAUACUAUGAAUUUGAUUCAAAGCAAAUGAUGUUAUUCUCUGGCAAAUUGAUGCGACUAAAAUAAAAGUAAUUUUGCUGAUAAA